AUGCCCUCGGCUUAUGAGAAGUCCACUUUUACCCCUGAGUACUCUAAUGAGCUGCUCCGACGAAUCCAAAGCGUAUACAAGGAAGAUAUUAAACAUUAUUACCCACAAUUAAAAUUAGAGAAGUUGUUGGAUCUAUUAGAACAUACAGAAUACCUUUUUGAACUGUUUUUACAUUUUGGUCAUGAGGGAAACAAUAAAGAUGCCUUAACUUCCUUUAUUGUUGGGUGUUACUAUUUGUUCCUGAUAAUGCCUCAAUCUAUCCAAUUUCAAUCAAGAAAUAAAUCAUAUGGUAUAUAUUCUGAUUUGAAGAAACUUUACGAAAAUCAGGCAAGUAUGACAAAUGUACUUCUGAUGGUUAAAGAUGAAAUUGAAACAAUAUUGGAAAAGACGGCAGAAAGGGAAAUUAACGAAACAAAUAAUCGAAUAGUUAGACAAAGGGCAUAUUCAGUACCUGACAGUAAUGACCUUACAGAACAAUUACAUUCACUGUCUGUAUCAGAUCGGAAUCUGAAAAGCCCACCGCGUAAGAUUUUAAUGAACAAUUCCUUUGAACACAGCGACAGUGAUGUUAUUAAUGAGGAAAAUGAUAUGUCUUCACCAUUAUGGACUGCUCCCCCUUUAGAACCUACAGAUCAAUUGAAAUUGGCUGUGCUGGGGAACGAAACAUUACCUCCACCUGUAAUACCAUACGAAGCAGACAUUCAAGAAAGAACAGAUUUAUUAAAGCAACCUAGUAUACCUGAAUUAUCACCGACAACAACAAGUUUGAAAAACUCAAAGGAUUUCAACUCACCAUUCCAAUCUGUAAUAAGUUUAGACAAUGAUAUCCCCUUGGUUAGAGAACCAUCUAAUAAUAGAUCCUUUCGAGAAACGAAUGCCGAUAGGUCACAAACCCAUAGGAAGGAUUCUUAUCAUUCUGUUUAUAUGAUAGAUGAAGAGAGUACCGAUAAACUUAACCAGUUUUAUGAUAGCACAGAUUAUAUUCAAGACUUGCAAAGAUUACAAAAGCAAAGUAUUAUAACAGCGCAAGAAUUGUUAUCCAUCCUAUCAUGUCCACCUGAACGGAUAAAAUUGUUAUUGAUUGAUUUGAGAUGGUCAAAAAGAACUGCUCUCAAUCAUAUUGUUGCACCAAACGUUGUAUCCAUUGACCCACAUCUGUUAUGGGACUCUGCCACAAGUACACCCAUCUAUAACAUGGAAACGUUAGAAAAAUUACUUGAUAAUGAAUUAUUCAAUCGUAGACACGAAUUUGAAUAUGUCGUUUACUACACAGAUAUGAAGACAUACAUGCAUUCUGAUUUUGAUUAUAAUUUUACGCUGUUUUAUCUUUUAACGACAGAGACAACAAAUAUUCUUCGAUCUACUCCUACAUAUUUAUUAGGAGGAUAUGAUAAAUGGAAAGUCUUUUUACAUCAUUAUGCCAAAGAAUAUGAUAUUAAUAUUCCAGAUUAUCUAUAUAGACCUUAUGAUAAGGCUCUCAAAUCAGAAACUCCUGAAGAAUUUGAAGAAACGAAAAAUAAGCAUGUCUUGGAACCACCAUCAUGGAGGCCUCCUGAACUUCCAGUUAGGAUUAGAAAAAGGCCUCCUCCACCUCCACCAGCAUUACUACCUGUUCCUCCGAGUCCACCAGUAAAGCCAAGAAUAGUUGACGACGUAAACCGUCCAAAGAAGACUUUAAUGAAUUUACAUUCAGCAAGACCCUUACUUCAUGAAAGAAAUUAUCAAAUACCACCACAUUUGCAACAAACUACUACGCUGACAAGAAGACCAUCUAUCCCAACUAUUGAAAGAAGUCCAAACUUAUAUGUUUCUUUAUCAAUUACAGGAUUAAGAAAUCUGGGUAAUACAUGUUAUAUUAACAGCAUGUUGCAAUGUUUAUUUGCUACUAGAAGAUUUAGAGAUUUGUUCUUAACUUCAAAAUACUCUUCAUUCUUAAAUGGAUCCAAAUUUCCUAACUCCCCGAUGAUCUCCAAUUCAUUCAAUUUAUUAUUUAAAAAAAUGUACCUGAAUGGGGGAUGUUCGGUGGUUCCAACAUCAUUCUUGAAAAAUUGUAAUGUUUUAAGACCUGAUUUAAAAAUACCAGAUGAUCAACAGGAUACUCAAGAAUUUUUGAUGAUAAUCUUGGACAGAUUACAUGAUGAACUUUCUAAUCAACAAGAAGUGGUAAACGAAUAUCCAAGUUUAAUGUUAUAUGAUACUAAUCAUUUACGAGUGCAACACGAGGAAUAUAAGCAUUGGUUUGAGAAAAGUGUGAUUGGGAAUGGGUUAUCACCCAUUGAUGAAAUAUUUCAGGGACAAAUUGAAAAUGGAUUACAAUGUCAACGUUGUGGACAUUCUUCUUUCAAUUAUUCUACAUUUUAUGUCCUAUCAUUAGCCAUCCCAAAACCAUCUCCCACAGGAUUUUCCAGAUCAAAAAGAGUUAAGUUAGAGGAUUGCAUAAAUAUGUUUACCAAUGAUGAAAUGCUUUCUGGAGAAAACGCGUGGGAUUGCCCUAAUUGUGGAUCCAAUGCCCAAGAUCGAGUCAGAGUUAAUACAGAUCAAUCAGUGAAGAAGAAAAGACAAGGUGAAGAACAUAGGCACAAGUCUAGGUUUUUUGGCUUACCUACAAGACCACACAGAUCUUUAUCGCCGUUUAGAAAAUCAGGAUCAUCGUCAACGAAUUCCACUUCUAAGAUUAAGCAUGAGCAACAAUGGAAAACAAAGAAGUUGAUUACCAUAAAAACGUUGAAUUUUAUUAUGCUUCCACCAGUCCUGGUUAUCCACCUUUCCCGAUUUUUUUAUGAUUUGACGAAGAAGAAUAAGACUGUCAUUACAUACCCAUUGAUCCUAAACAUUGUUUUAAAGAAUAAUGAAGUUGCCAAGUAUAAGUUAUAUGGUAUUGUGAACCAUACAGGUAAUUUAAUUAGUGGUCAUUAUACUUCAUUGGUCAAUAAGGAGCCAGGCCAUAAUUUGAAUCAUAACCAACAAAGAUGGUAUUAUUUCGAUGAUGAAGUUGUGAAGGCCGAGGGGAACCAUGGUGACAUUGAUAAUGGUAUUUCGAAAGUUUCCAGUAAGGAUGUAUACGUGCUAUUCUAUGAAAGACUUUAUGAAUAA